AUGGCCUCUACACUUACAAGCAAUAUUCCUUUUGCCGAUCCUGUUUGGCAUAAAGAUUCUUCUCAUCCCUACUUUAAAAACUCUCAUCGGAAGCUCCAGCGGUUCAUUAGAGAGUAUGUUGAUAGUGAGAUCACUCCCAACGCACCGGAAUGGGAGGCUCAAGGCUUUGUUCCCGAUAAAGCGUAUGCGCGCCACGCUGAGCUCGGCUUCCUUGCAGCUGCAGUAUUCCCUCUGCCUAAAAGCUCCUUGAGUGGUGUUUCCCUCCCCGCGGGUAUCCCACUGGAUGAAUGGGAUGAGUUCCAUGAUUAUAUCCUAAUUGAUGAGAUCGCUCGUUGCGGUUUCCUUGGCGUUGUCUGGGGUAUCAAUAGUGGCGCUACAGUAGGAGGUGCUCCGUUAUCAACAUACGGAACAGAAGACCAGAAACGUAAUUACUUACGACCCUUACUUACUGGACAACAAAAGCACUGCCUCAUGGUCACUGAGCCUGAUGCUGGAUCUGAUGUUGCUGGACUCACCACUGAAGCUGUCAAGACCGAGGAUGGAAAGCAUUAUGUGAUCAACGGACAAAAGAAAUGGAUCACUCAAGGGCAGAAGGCUACACAUGCCCUAUGUGCCGCACGCACUGGAGGCCCAGGUCACAAGGGAUUGACAGUUUUCAUUCUCGACAUGAAGACAGGGGGUUACGUGGAAGGGCAAGGUUUCGAGAUUAUCAUGUCUUCAUUCACGCAUGAACGUCUCUGGGUUGGAAUCACAGCCUUGCGUUUGUCUCGAGUGGCAUUGGAAGACAGCUACCGACAUGCUCUUCGGCGGGAAACGUUUGGCAAGAAGCUUUUCGAGAACCAGGCAAUUCGUCUCAAGUUCAGCAAGAUGGUUGGUUUGAUAGAGCCUGUCCAUCACCUAAUGGAGGACUUGGUACGCCGAUCAGUUCGUGUGCCAGCGCUUGAGUUUUCACCCUGGGCUGCCCUGCUUAAGAUGCAAGCUGCUCAUAAUCUCGAAACGAUCUCUCGUGAGAGCCAACAGAUCUUUGGGGGCCUCGGCUAUUCUCGAGGAGGUGCUGGAGGCCGUGUGGAGCAGAUCAGUAGAGAUGUCAGAGUUUUAGUAGUUUCUGGUGGAAGUGAGGAAAUCCUUCAGGAUAUGAUUUCUAAGCAACAGAAGAAACUAGCUCGACUAUAA